AAUGGCGUUCUACAUGCACGGAAGCACGGGCACGGAACCAUGCUCAAGCGACUAAAGCAUGCCGCAUCUGAAAUCUUUUAGAGCUGUGCACGCUAGCUUUGAGCGUUUCCUCUGUCAUAUAGGAGCAACCUUUAUCUAUUGUGAAUAAAUGCAUGCGAGUGCAAAGUAGAAUAUGUUCAACCUGUUUAUGUUGCAUGGUUGAUACCAGGGCGUGCUGAUAACGUAUUUGAAGACUUCAAACGAAAAAAUGAAGGCUGUCAAACGCACUCUGCACCAACAACAAGAAUCCUGCAGUCACAAGAAAAGUGCGUGGAGCCCCAAAGUUUGCGAAGUUGGUACCUCCUCACGGGCAGGCGCCCGCCAACGUUCGAAUCGCAUUGAGGACAGAAGUGACCACGUUCAGUUUUCACCGUCUCACCACGUUGACAAGGACACGAAAUCCUACUUUACAAUGGCAUGUGAAAGAUUUCAAGAGGAGUUCGAGGAUGAUGAAGAUAAAGCCCUCUUCUUGGAAAAUGUGGCAGAACAGACGUGUGGAAAAGAGGUGCAACUCUCUUGUGAUGACUCGACGAGUCAUUGCAUGCAAAUGCUCCUGAGUAAUACCAGAAGCAUCAGUGUACUGACUCGUUUCAUGUCCUCAUUCUUGGACAAUGUUCAUUUGAUGUGCACUCAUCACAUUGGAGCCUAUGUGAUACAGACCCUGCUUGAGGCUUCAUUGAAGUACCUACAGUCACCCUCCACCUACAUUGCAUCUGAGGGAGAGUGUGAGUAUACUGAUGCAAGGAAAAGGCAUGGCAUUGAUACAGCAAAGAAAAGGGCUGUCGAAGGCAAGAAACGCUUGGCUACUUCUCAGGACAGUUCGCAAGACAUUGACACUUCACACGUGACGAGGCUGGCGGGCUGCCAUGACAAGGUUGUAUCUUGGGUACUAGCUGUAGGACGCUUCUGCUUGGAAAAUAUAAAAGAGUUUGUCUUCAGCGGAGUGCCUACGCAUGUAAUUCGCAGCAUUGUACAAGUUUUAGGAGGAUGUUAUGUGGAAAAACAUCUUUCACGACCGCAAACAAGCAAAAAGAAACAAAAAACAGCUAUAGAGCAACAGAAAAAAAACGUUGAAGUUGUUGAUGUUCCUGAAGAGUAUGAUGAACUCUUUGGGAUAUAUGUUGAAACUAUAAAAACAGAGUUCGACAUGUUCGAUAUCAUGACAAACAAUGUGGCAUCGAUGCUUCUACAAGCCUUGAUUCUUAUAUUGCAAUUAAAGAAUCCAAAAUUGCUAUUUAGAUUAGUGAAGCAUAUUGCCAAUGCUAUCUUUUCAGAAUCACCAAGUGAUGAAAGGGCAUUACCGCCUGCAUUUAUGGACCCAAGUGCCUCAUUCACUGUGGAAGAACUGCUCAAGCGUUGCUCUGCCAAGUCUUUUACUAAAUUAUGGGACAACUACAUUUCGGGGAUCCUGCUUCAGAUGUCACUUCAUCCUGUAUCUACAUUUUGUGCACAACGGGUUGUGGAGUGUGCUGCAUCAUCUGAGCAGUUUCAAGAAAUGUAUGAAGAAUUGGAGCCAGGAUUUGAUGCCCUCUUGGACCAUCAACAAAUUUCAAUGCUAGUGUGCAUUGCUGCUGCCUGCAAAACUCACUCUGUGAACCAGGCAAGGUUUGUCACGGCAUUGAUGAAAACUCUUCAUUGUGCGGAUCCAGAAGACCGGCAAACCUUUCUGACACCUCUCAUUUUAUAUAUGAAAAGAUAUGAAGAGUUUGACAAGUCACAGCUAGGAACAACAGUGGUCUACCAGGGGAGCCUGCUGUUACAGCAUUUACUUAGUUUUGGCAAGACUCGGCAGGUUUCACAAAGCCUACUGAGUAUGGGCUCUGAAGCUUUGGAAGGAAUUGCCUGUUGUCCAUGUGGCUCUCACGUUUUGGAUGCAUUUGUGCGAAGUGACCAUGUGAAGAAAAAAAGCAAGGAAGAACUUGUUAGAAUGCUUAGAGGUCACUAUGGAAGCCUUGCAGUGGACAAAUAUGGAAGUUGUUUUGUCAUGAAUUUAUGGGACAUUGUAAACUUGGCGCAAAAAACAGAAAUUGCAGAAGAACUUUCUGACAAGGAGAGUGUCCUUGCAGCCUCAGCACAUGGGAAGUUAGUCUCCAAAAAGCUUUGCCUUCAUCACUUCAUUCAUCGCCGAAGUGAUUGGGUUGAACUGCAGAAGAGUAACAAAAAGACAUCGCUUCUUUUCCAAGACAUUCUCAAAGAGAAAUAAAGUCAUUCCUAAUUAAA